CCCCCUUUCCCUCUCUCUCUCUCUCUCUCUCUCUCUCUCUCGCGCGCGCGCACACACACCGCGCUUUCCGACAUAUACGCUGGCCGACGCUACCUUUGGCAAAUGCGAAUCCCAACGAUGAUGCUGUUGCUUUGGCGAGUGCUCUUCUCCUGGACGCGCCCGUGAUCCCUCCUAAAUCGGACGAAGGCAAAAACUAUUGAUAUUGAGACGUGCUUAGUGAAUAAGGAAGCACUGGGGAUUGGACUUGUGGAUUAAACAAUGAUGUGGUAAAGAAAGAGAGAGGAGGUGAAAAGAUGCCGAGGCCAGGACCGAGACCUUAUGAGUGUGUGAGGCGUGCUUGGCACAGUGACAGGCACCAACCAAUACGUGGGUCCAUCAUUCAAGAGAUCUUCAGAGUGGCGAAUGACGUGCACAGCCCUGCCACCAGGAAAAACAAGGAAUUUCAGGAGAAGCUCCCCUUUGUUGUUCUCAAGGCUGAGGAGAUAAUGUACUCCAAAGCCAACUCUGAGGCAGAGUAUGUGGACCUCAAGACACUACGGGAUCGAGUCAAUGAUGCUAUCGACACUAUCAUUCGCAAGGAAGAUGGUACGGAGAGUGGAGAUCUCUUGCAACCUUGUAUUGAAGCGGCACUUAAUCUGGGUUGCAUUCCUAGAAGAGUUUCAAAGAGCCAGCACCGCAGCAACCCAGUGUGCUAUCUUAGUCCCGUGGCCAAUGAUAACAGAACUGCCUCUCUGAAAAUCUCUGACAGUAACAGCCUAGAGUCCAUGUUGCAGAAAAAACAUAACCAAGGCAAACUACAGACCUCUGCUUCGGAGUUUCCAUCCUGGUACACUGCCGUGUUUAGACCCCCAAAUAUGACUUGUAGCAGUAUUCCAGAGGUGAAGUUCAACAAUUCCGGUGUAUCUGGGGGCCAUAUAAACUCCUCUGUUUUCAACAGAACUGAGUGUCCUAUCUCCAUCAAGCCUUCUGCCUAUUGCCAAGAAAGAGUUUCUGUUCCAUUAGCGAGCUAUACCUGUCCGAAUUUGGCAGGAGUGUAUCCAUUGUAUUACAGUGACAGUCGACGUGACGUGGUUUCCGGUCAGCAUUUUCAGAUCACUCAAGGCCCAAGACAUCACAUGGCAACUGCCACUAUGCGAUGUGCUGAGUCCCCUGAUGAGGCUGAGAUCAGUUUCACAGAGAGCCCCAUUGGCAGCAACAUUGGUGCCUCGAAGGCUGAUUCGACACAUAUGGAGACAUCCAAAAUCGGAUGGGACUUGUCUCUGCGGCUGGGACUGCCUUCGCCUCCAUCCUUUGGAGAAAGCACUUGGCCUAAUGAGCAUGAAGAUGCUGGAUCAAGUAACUCUAGUGAUGGAAGCAAGUACUAUGAUCUUUCUGUUGCAAGAGAAAGGGUAAUAAACUUUGGAGGCACCAAUUCUCCACAAGAUAAGGGCCUUAGUUUAUGAUCUCUUCAUGACUCAGUCCUUCGUAUGUGAGGGGGGUUUCGAAGGUAAGUACAUUUUGUGUUGAUGUGUGCAAGUUAUUCUUCAGAGCUUCUAGCGACGUGUAUUACGUGUAGUACAAUCAUUUGUAUCAGUUGCCGGAUGAAGGUUCUGUCUCGUCUAUUUGGGAGCACGUGAGGACUGUGUUAAGACUACAUACAUAACGUGAUGUAUUGGAAUCGUUACAUAAGUGUAGUGCCCUUAAAAUAAUGAUGCAGAGAGAGGCAUUGUCGUCAA